AUGACAAGAAGAUAUUGGAACAUCCAUUUGGAAGAAAUGAUGGAAGCAGGAGUUCAUUUUGGUCAUGGUACUAGUAAAUGGAAUCCUAGAAUGGAACCUUAUAUCUCUUCAAAGCGUAAAGGUAUUCAUAUUAUAAAUCUUAUUAGAACUGCCCAUUUUUUAUCAGAAGCUUGUGAUUUAGUUUUUGAUACAGCAAGUAGGGGAAAGCAAUUCUUAAUUGUUGGUACCAAAAAUAAAGCAGCCGAUUCAGUAGCACGGGCUGCAAUAAGGGCCCGUUGUCAUUAUGUUAAUAAAAAAUGGCUAGGCGGUAUGUUAACGAAUUGGUAUACUACGGAAACGAUACUUCAUAAGUUCAGGGACUUGAGAACGGAACAAAAGAUGGGGAGACUCAAUCGUCUUCCGAAAAGAGAUUCAGCUAUGUUGAAGAGACAAUUAUCUCACUUGCAAACAUAUCUGGGCGGGAUCAAAUAUAUGACUAGAUUACCCGAUAUUGUAAUAAUCGUUGAUCAGCAAGAAGAAUAUAUGGCUCUUCGAGAAUGUAUGAUUUUGGGAAUUCCAACGAUUUGUUUAAUCGAUACAAAUUGUGACCCAGAUCUCGCUGAUAUUUCGAUCCCAGCAAAUGAUGACGCGAUAGCUUCAAUCCGAUUAAUUCUUAACAAAUUAGUAUUUGCAAUUUGUGAGGGUCGUUCUAGUUAUAUACGAAAUCCUUGAUUCAUAUUAAUAAUGAAUAAUAAAAAAAUUCUUUUGGGAACUCCAUAGAUUUCUGAAAUCGGUUAUGAUUCCUAAAAGAGAUACAAGUAACUAGGGAUAUUAUGUAAUUAAUUGGUAUACAAAUAUAUAUAAGUCAACUAGGCAAGUCGAAAAAAGAGAAGGUUGAAUCAAAAUAAUUCUUUUUAAAGUUCUAUUUUUUUCAGAGGGCAAUAUGAAUGUUCUAUUAUGUUAUAUCAACACACUAAAAGGCUUAUACGAUAUAUCCGGUGUGGAAGUCGGCCAACAUUUCUAUUGGAAAAUAGGAGGUUUUCAAGUCCAUGCCCAAGUAAUUAUUACUUCUUGGGUUGUAAUUGCUAUCUUAUUAGGUUCAGCCAUUAUAGCUGUUCGUAAUCCACAAACCAUUCCUACUGACAGUCAGAAUUUCUUCGAAUAUGUUCUUGAAUUCAUUCGAGAUGUGAGCAAAACUCAGAUUGGCGAAGAAUACGGUCCAUGGGUUCCCUUUAUUGGAACUUUGUUUCUAUUUAUUUUUGUUUCGAAUUGGUCGGGUGCUCUUUUACCUUGGAAAAUCAUACAGUUACCUCAUGGGGAAUUAGCCGCGCCUACAAAUGAUAUAAAUA